UGAGAAAAGAACCAUGAUGUUCAUGAGAGUAGAGGUCUUCCUCUGCGCCUUGUCGCUUUGCCCUUUGGCAUUCGUACAUGGACAGGGCCUGGGCAUCGUGAAUGAAGAUAUUAAAAAAAAUGAUAUAGUUGAUAUGAUGAAAAGCGAAAGAAAGAGAAGAAGCGGACGUCCCUUUUUUAUGCGAAUAGGUUCAAGAACGCAACCGAAAUUCGAAAGCCGUAAACCAAAUAUCGUGGAAAAAACGGCAAACCUUGCGCAGACUGUUAACAUUGCUGCAGCUACAACAGAUAAAGGAAAUAGAGCAUUGGGUGAUUUCGACGAAAACCAAUUCUGGGAGAGUUACCUACUCGCACAAAACAGUUUGCAGCCUGUUACUGAGAAGCCAACUUAUGCUCCAACAAAUAAACCUCCAGUCGGAACUGUUACUAAUGCGCCUACCGACAAACCUCCAACUGGAUCGCCACCUACAAACACGCCGACAAAUGGAGACCUUCCUCCUCCCCCAAUGCCAACUCCUACUCCACCUGUAAUCCCCCCAACAGAUGCGCCUACGUGUAAACCAAUCGGUAAGUGCGAUAACAUACUAACUCUUCAGGUCAAUACUGACUGCUAUAAUGACUUCUGAUCAAAUGCGGCUCACCACUUGUACUUUUGUCUUUCCGUGAUUCCUGAUUGUACCAAUAUGACUUUUUUAGCCGAACUUGCUUGUUCUACACCUGGCUUCUCUAUUCUAUGUGAAUUGGUGAUGAUUGCCAACCUUGCUGAUCCGUUGACGAAUGAUUUGUUAACUGUUUUCGCGCCUACCGACGAUGCAUUUUCAGCACUCCCCGAAGAUGUUGUUGCAGGUCUAACUUCAAGUCCCAGUCUUCUUCGUGAGGUUCUAUGGUAUCAUGUAGUUCCAAACGCUGAGAUUUUGACUUCAGAUCUUAUUUGCGAAGGUGGAGCCUUCGACAAGUUGACAAUGGCUAGUGGCGAAGACACAAUCAUUAGCUGCGGAACAGCAGGAGACACGCCAGAUACUUUUAUCAAUGGAAAUGGUAAUACUGCACCAGGGCCGAUGAUUAUUGCAGCAGAUGUUGAUGCAUGUAACGGUAUUGUACAAGUAAUUGAUGGUGUCAUCCUCCCGGGUGGCCCAGGUACGGCUUCACCCACCACAGUUCCUGCUACGCCUGCUCCUAUCCCUUCAACUGAUGCUCCGGUUACACCAUCAACUGAUGCUCCGGUUACACCACCAACUGAUGCUCCGGUUACACCACCAACUGAAGCUCCUACCGGUGCUCCAGUUACUGUUCCAACUGCUACUCCAGUUCCACCGCCAACUAUGGCUCCAUCCGAUGCACCUCCGACUGAUGCUCCGGUUUCAACUCCAGAGACCCCAGCUCCGGUUGUCCCAGCUACACCAGCACCGGUUGUUCCUCCAACGCCUGCGCCAGUCGUCCCUCCGACACCUGCACCAGUUGUUCCGCCAACACCUGCACCAGUUGUUCCGCCAACACCUGCACCAGUUGUUCCAGCCACUCCUCCUCCGACUGACGCACCAACUGCACCUCCGACUGCUCAACCGACAGUAGCGCCUGUUGCUCCGACAGAGGCUCCGGUUGCCGGACCAUCUAUUGUUUUACAGGCAGUCGAGCCAGUUGCUCUUUUCGGUGGAAACGAGUUCAACGACCCUUCCUCUUUUCAAGCGAGAGCGCUUGCAAGGACAGCAGAAGUUCCGGGUAUCGAAACGCAAACUCCAGCAAAGAUCAUCCAGUAUUAUGCUCUGUACUGCAUCUUCUUUGCCACAAAUUCGGUUGCAAAUAUCAUAACUGAGAGUGAAGGUAUUCUCGAUGUUCCUGGUUGGAUUGUACCUUCUGGUUGGGAUUCCACUACUGCUGAUCCAUGCUCCGGAUGGUUUGGUGUAUCCUGUAAUGGAAACGGUCAAGUAACUACGCUUGAUUUGUUCAGCAAUCUCUUGACCGGAGAAUUUCCUGCAGAAGUAACUUUGUUGGCCUCAGACGGUGCUCGUUCUACUGGUGCUGGAGCUUUGGAACGAAUCGAUCUCUUUGACAACAUGCUGCUCACCAAUGGCGGGGACAAUUCCUGGUGGUCGCAACUGGGAUCAGCGUUCGGUAAGUUUUUUUUUUCUGAAAUAAGUUUGUGCAAUGUGAAAAAAACGUGUUGCAAACCUAUUGGUAAUAUUUGCUCCUGUAGUAACUCACCUCUUGUGUCCUUCCCAAUGUAUUCCUCCGCAGCAUUCCUCUUUUUCAAGAAUACUGCAUUCUCGGGACCUCUCGGUCGUCUUCCCGACAACAUUCGUGAAUUCGAUUGCUCUUUCUCUUUCAUCAGUGGAGGACUCUCGCAGCAGAACUUCCAGGGACUCAACAGCUUGGUGUUUGCCAACUUUGAUGGAAAUGCCUACAACUCAACCGUGCCUUCCGCGUUCUCGAGCAUGCCAAACCUGCAGUUUUUGUACAUUGUGGAUGGGUUCAUAUCUGGAGAUCUCUCUUACAUGAUUGGCAUGCCCUCGCUAAGGGAGCACUGGGCGGACACAAAUCCAGGAUUGGGAGGCAACCUUCCAGCGGGCCUUGCAAGUGUCAGCACCCUUGAAUCGUUUUCCAUUACUUCCUGCAGCUUCUCGGGAACGAUUCCACCAGAGUUUGGAAACUUUGGGUUUGUCAUGAAGCAAAUGUGGAUGUACGACAACGAUCUCACUGGAACCAUUCCGCCCGAGCUGGCACGGAUGACGGCCCUGCGCCUUCUCCAGCUGGAGGGAAAUGCCUUUACCGGUUCCAUGCCCCCCGAGAUCUGCGCCAACACAGUCUUUCCCAGACCGCUUGCCGAGCUCGGGGCCGACUGUUUUGACGAGAACUUCAGCUGCGACUGCUGCACCUGCUGUUCCGUCGAGGAGUGCCCGAUCUAGGCGAGGCUUGCUGCACGGCAGACCCUUGCAUCCCCCGGAAUUGAACCGCGGAGAGAAACGACGCGAGUCGACGACGACUACUACUGCCACUCGCUCCACCACUACCCAAACAAUUUAUCUACCAAUGAAAAACAAACGUUUAGUUCGUUCGCUUUUGUCUGCGAUAAGACUGUGGACAAGAAUGAACAACAACGAACGAACAACGAACGAACAACAACAAGAAUUCUUUGUAUCUUACAAUACAAACGUCGCUGUAUAUCUAAGAAAAUAAAACUUAAACAUUUCA